GCUAGUUUGCGCUCAUUUCAGUCAGUUCUAAACUGUUCAGUCGUGCGCCUAGUCAUACGAUGACUGGUCAACGUCGCUCCAUCAAAAAAACUUCCACUAGGAAGUCAGAUCUUUUUCCGGAGGAGAGAACGUUCGUCAAUCCGUCAGCUUUGAGUCCUCAUCUAUUCUGUCCAAUAUGUCAAGAGGCUUUCUGUAACCCCCAACGUGCUCCUUGUGGUCAUAGUUUUUGCAAGAAUUGUAUUGAGCCCUGGAUUCAAAAUACUCCUAACUGUCCGGUGGACCGUAAACCGAUUUCAAAAGGAUCAAUGCAUCAUGAUUUUAUUGUGGAAAAUAUAAUAGGUGAUUAUAUGGUCGCAUGUCCUUGGCGUGCACUCGGCUGUGAUUUUAUUGGCCAGUUAUCCCUUUUACCCGGUCAUAAGAAAACAUGUGUCAUGAAUCCAAGUUCUAUGCCUCCAGCUCUACGUGCUCAUACCUCAGCUUCCUUAAAUCAAGUUAAUAGCAAUCAAUCUCUAGAUCUGAAAUCUUGUAAAAAUAAUCAACAGUCGUCAGUAAAAGUUAGUUUUGUGUUUCAGUCACAACUUCCUUUGAAUACAAUUACAACGGCAGAGGGAAUUAUUGAUGGUAAUCAAUGUCCCAAUAUUCAUAGUAUUGAGUCAAGAAAUGGCUCAAGUUCGUACGACGAUGCUCAUGAAGAAAGUCUUAUACUUGUUAGUGAUGAUGAAGCUAAUUUACCGCCUGCUCCACCACCCAGUCUUUUGUUCCGACUAUACCAUAAUUCUGAUUCUAAUAGUCGUGGGUUAUUAUGUGAUUUUAUACAAAAUGGUUCAAAUACUACAACUCAGUCCUCUAGUACUAACAAUAAAAACAAGAAUAGCCCUAAUAAACGAGGACGUAAAAAAUAAACUUGAAUUCAAUACUGUUCCGGUUGAUUUCUCAAAGCAUUUCAAACUAGUGUUCAAACUUUUGCCUAAUAUGUACAUUUGUAAACACAAAUAUCCGAAAUGUUUUCUUUUAAAUGUUUAAAAAACAUUAAUUGUUGUAUCAGAAUGUGUAUUCCAUACUCAUUCUUUCAUUAAAUUCAAGCAUACCGGUGAAUAUUACGUUGGUCACGUCAUGGCAACUCAGUUGAAUUGCACUCAGUCGAAAUUCCGACAUCGCUCAGUCUCUGGCAAAACUACUUCAGUCAGUCAGUCAGUUAAACAAAAAUGGAGAAAGUGGACAGCCUUG